CACUUCCUCUUCCGUCUCUGGCUCUAGCAUCUCUGCCACGUCAUAUAGUAGUGAUAUCAGAAGGAGGAAGAAAAAAAUCAUCUGUUUCGAUCAAUGAUGUAAGCUAGUGAUACUCUCGAAGAAGGAGAUCGAUCAAGUAUUCAUUCAUCUCAUUCCGAUAUUUAUUCAUCUGUACGUGUCCUUAUAUUGAUGUCACCAGCCUGUGGGAUGCUGCUGGAUGAGAUGCCACUAUUCGAGCCAGCUCUGCUCCAGGAGCUGGACUGGAGUAGCAAGACAGUGUCCUUCUCUCCCCCAAUCUCCCCCUCCCAGCCUGGGGAAGGUCUGGUCCUCAGGCCCCUCUGCACAGCUGACUUCAACAGGGGAUUCUACAAGGUGUUAUCCCAACUCACAACUGCAGGGGAUGUUACGCCAGAGCAGUUUAUUAAGAAUUUUGAGCACAUGAAAAAGACUGGGGACUACUAUGUCAUCGUGGUGGAGGACACAAACCUGGGACAGAUUGUUGCCACGGCCACAUUGAUCACAGAGCACAAAUUCAUUCAUUCCUGUGCAAAGAGAGGAAGGGUGGAGGAGGUGGUUGUCAGUGACGUGUGCCGGGGAAAACAGCUGGGGAAACUGUUAGUGUCGACCCUCACUCUCCUCAGCAAAAAACUAGAUUGCUAUAAAAUAACAUUGGAAUGUGCACCCAAGAACGUGGCCUUCUACACAAAGUUUAGCUACUCCGCAUCAGACGAGACUUACAUGCAGUGUCGCUUCUUUGAUUGAGCAUCGUAAUCCCUCCCUGGGAUUUGACUUGAAGAAAUUGCUUCCAGGACAUUGUCAUAACAUCCUAGGAUCCCCUAACCUUCAAGUCAUCUCCCCACCAUCAGUCACCGUCCCUCUGGUCACAAAGCUACCUCACCUGGGGGAGAUUUGGCAUUGUGUCCCUGGCUUCUUAACAAAGGAAUGUCAAUCCAGUCUGGAAUUUGGGACUUCUGCACAUGCAAUAAAGUGCUCUCUGCGCUUUAUAGGAAACACAUUGAAUGAUUUCCUAUUUUUCAGUUUUUUGAUUCAAAUGUGUUAGAGGGUUUAGUUAAUAUUUACAUAUGUUAAUUGCAACUUAAGAUUUGCAGACUGGUCCACAUGUGAGAUGUCCCACGUACUACAAAGACCAUUUGGUAACGGUUUGAUACCUUAAUGUAGGGCAGAAAACUUGGGACAUUCAUUAUGCUAAGGUACUGCAUAUUUAUUUUGGGAAAUUUGACAAUUACCCGCUGAAAUUGUAUUUUCUGUUCAUUGGUAAAAAUACUUUGAUCUCAGUGCCCUUCAGACUGAUAACUGUGCUGGCAAACUAUUGGCCUAUGGGGCAGCACAGAAUGACUCAAGUUUGCUUUCACUAGUGAUCAAUGGUACAUGGGUUAUUUCAGACCUCAGGAAGUUCAAGUUGUACACAAGUAAAAUCAUGUAUAGGUUUGAGGGAAUUCUGUUCUAGAAAAUACAUAGCUACAUUUGGUAUGAAGAUAUGGGGUAAAUUAAAUGGAAUUGUAGUGAAAGCUUAUUUAUUCAACCUUUAGGUUUUUCAGUUUAGUUUCAUAAUUAUGCUGUUAGUCUUGGCAACUGGGGACAUUUUUAUUCUAUGUAAAAAUGCUAAUAAAUUAUUUUUACACUGGU